AUGGCCGACAAUGCCCAACGCCCCCGUCCGCCGCCAAACCGCCGCAGAGACAAAGUCCAGCUUUCCUGCGACCCUUGUAGACACCGCAAGCUGAGGUGCGACCGACAUCGCCCAUGCGGAGCUUGCACAAGGCGUGGCAUCACCAACUCCUGCAUUUAUGCGAAGACAUCUUCUACCCCUGAUGCUCAGCGGUCUGUUGCUCCGCGACAGUCCGCCAGCCUCCAUGGACGAAUUUCUGAAUUGGAGAGCCUUGUCGUGACGCUCAUGGAAGGCCAACCACUCCCAAGCCUGCCCACACCAAACUCGCCGAGACCAUCAGAUGUGUUCCCUCAUCCCGAGAGACUAAAUAAGUCCCCGGAUGCAGCUGCAGCCCCGGCAGACCCUGGCACCCUAAAGCUGCGCGAGUCCGGAACAAGCUAUGUCCAGAGUGUCCAUUGGGAGGCCAUUCUGGCCAAAAUCAGAGGAUUGAAGGAGGACAUCGUCCCUGAUAGCAAUCCGCCCGGUUCACACUUGUUCUAUGGCCCGAACCGUCAUGCAACUCGAGAUGAGAUCCUGGCCGCUGUUCCACCUCGUCCAGUUGUCGACCGCCUGAUGGCCCUUCACUUCGAUUCCCACAUUGUCACUCCGUAUCUCAUUCAUCGCAAGAAGUUUCUCCGAGAGGUGGGUUCUUUCUAA